UCAGUAAACCCAGGAUGAAGCAAAGGUAAAUCUUACUCAAGCUUUUAAUCAGGCUCCGCGUAUAAAUAGAGAGGUCCUUUUGAUCCAUUAAGGUUUACGCCGACGCGAUUCUCUUACCUCGCCAUCAUGUACGGAAACGAAUGCCCUAGAAGCUAGAAAAGGGUUCUUCUCUUUUCUUCAUCUCCUUCACUCUUCUUCUCUAACACAGCACAAGAACGAGACGCUUCGUCAGCUCCAUUUCUUCGGCUUUUCUCAUCAGACAUGGAUAACAUACAAGAUAUCGCACAAGGGAUGCAGGAAUUUAAAAUUGAAGCGAUCUCAUGCACUUUUCCUCAGGAAAUCAUACAAGAGAUCCUACUUAGGCUACCCGUCAAAUCUGUUAUCAAAUGCACCUCAGUGUGCAAGACAUGGAGGUCCAUGAUCAUAAACCAUGAUGUGGUUUCGAGCUUCGAAGAGGUGAUUUGGUCUUGGGUACCUAGGAGUGCAAAUCGUGCGGCUCAUGCAGCGGCGUCGAUAGGUAACAGAGCUAUGGAACUGCAAAGUUGGGUCGACAGACCACCAUUGUCUCUCGUUGGGGUGUUAACAUCUGAUGGUUUGCCUUGUCCACCUCUUGUUGCAUCUGCAAUUUAUUUGUUUCAUGAGGAGCGUCACUAUGUUCCACAAAGCCUUGACGAUGUACUGGAGGAGGUUUAUUCUCUGCAUUAUGAUAACAAGGCUUUUGACGAGUACCCCAAGAUAGAAUUUCCAAUUGCUCCAAAGCAAGAACUGUACAAUCCACAUCUUCGUGUGGUCGGCACUUGUAAAGGGCUAAUCUGCCUUGCGGAUGAUAUCUUCCGUUAUGGUUACGAUAUCUUUAUAUGGAACCCAGCCAUUAGAAAGUUAGUGACCCUUCCCUAUCCUGGUGUUACCUAUAUGACACAUGGUGGAUACGAUGCUCCUAUUGGGUUUGGUUUUGAUGCUAAUACCAAUGACUAUAAGGUUGUGAGACUUGUUACCCUAUUGGAUAUGUCUGAUGAUAGAACAACUGUAGCUGAGGUUUAUUCAAUAGCCACUGGUGCAUUGACCAGUCUGGAUUUUGUUUAUCCUUCAUGUAUACUACGCGGACGCGAAUCCCAGGCUUUUGUUAAUGGGACUCUUCACUGGCCUGUACUCCGCCGGACAGAUUAUGGCAAUGAAUAUUUUAUAUUGACAUUUGACGUGAGCAGUAAGUUAUUUUGUGAGAUGCCAGUGCCAAGGAGUUUAAUAUGGGAUUUCAAACUGGAAUUACAAUUAUCUGUUUCAGGAGAUGGAAAAUCCAUUUCUCUGUUCUUAAUGGAUAACAAAGGUGAAGACCGUUUUCUUGAUAUAUUGGUGAUAAAAGAAUAUGGCAUAAAGGAGUCGUGGACCAAAUUGAUUACUCUUGGUCCACAAGGGCCGGAAAGACUUCCACCCAGGGCAUUUUACACUUUUGAUAAUUACCACAUAAAAUCAAAGCAUGAGUUAGUAUCACUAGACCUUGUGAACAAAACCGUUAAAAAUCUUGGUGUUCCCGGAGAAGGAUAUCAAUAUUGCUCCGUUCAUUCUUUCAAAGAGGUCCUUGUAUUACUCGACCAGACAGAUGCAGUUUCCUACUAAGAGAAGGAACAGACAGACUCGUAGGGCUGCAACGUCCUUUUCCUCAAGUGCCUGAAAUGCUGGUGCAUUUUGUUGACAUGGAACUACUUAUCCCAAGUGCUGAUAUAUUUUCUCGACUAGUUUUUAGGACAAUUAUAAACUUGGUUUUUGACCUAUGGAAGUAUGCACCAGUUACAUAUUUGAAUUGGUUAUGCAGUUCUAAACUAGCGAAUGAUUUUGCAAAUUUUUUCC